AUGCAAUUCAUGACAUACACACAAGAAUCACUUGAAGAUGAAUUAUACAAGGAUGUAGUACAAAUUGCAAAGAAGUUGGGUAUCCCUGCAAGAGGUAAAAAAGUAGAGUUGAUUGAAAAGAUCCUCGAAAAGCAAAAGGAAGGAGGUAGCGGUACUACUACUACUACAGCCAAGAAAACAUCACCUGAUACAUCAUCAUCAACCAAAUCAGCACCUCCUAAACGUGGUAGAGGAUCAUCAAAGGCAAAGGAUGCAUCUGAUUCAGAGUCUGAAGAAGAGGAAGAAGAGAAACAAGUUGCAUCUGACCCAGAAUCAGAUGAAUCAUCCGAUGAAGAAGCAAAGAGAGCCAAGAAGAGACCAACUCCUGCCAAACCAGCUGCUGCCGCUCCAAAGAAACAAUCAUCAAAGGCAGCUGCCAAAUCAAAAGUAGUUGAAUCUGAUGAUGAAGAUGAAGAAGAAGAAGAAGAAGAAGAAGAUAACACAACUACUACUUCAACUACUUCAACCACUUCAACUUCUACCUCGAAUGUAGUAUUUAAUAAUAAUGGAGCAACAUCUUGUCCAUUAAAGAAAUGGACAAUGGAAGGAGGAGAAGCAUAUUAUUAUUUAGAGGAACCAAUCUCUCGUUCAAAGAUUGUAGCCUUUGAUAUGGAUGAUACUAUUGUCCAUACAAAGUCUGGUGCCAAGUUUGCCAAGACUCGUACCGAUUGGGUGUAUUGGGCUGAUUGCGUACCCAUCAUGAUGAAAGAGUACUAUACCAAGGGUUACCAAAUCAUCAUUGUCACCAACCAAGGUGGUAUUGGCGUCGGCAGUCAGCACGACCGUACCAAGUUUAGUAAUGUCAGUGGAAAGAUUCAGGACUUGUUCAAGGAAUGGGGUAUCCCAUGUAUUGCCAUCAUGGCGUGUGACCUCAACGGUAAAUGGCGUAAACCAAACAAAUUAAUGUGGAAUUUCCUCGUUGAAGAUUGUACCAAUGGAAAAGUUACAAUUAAUUCAAAAGAUUGUUUAUAUGUUGGUGAUGCUGCUGGAAGACCAGAUAAUUGGAAAGCAGGAAAGAAAAAAGAUUUUGCUUCAUCUGAUCUUGGAUUUGCACUUUCAUCUGGUAUUGCAUUCAAGACACCAGAAGAAUUCUUUUUGGGUGAAGCUCCAUUUGUUGACAAGUCUGCUGCUGUCAGUGCCACUGGUAUUAUUUCCAACGAUAAGAUUCCAAAGGUUGAAACAACCGGUGAUGUCAUCCAAGGUGGAGGUAACAUUCUUCCCAAGACCAAGGUGCAAGAGUUGGUUCUCAUGUGUGGGUUCCCUGCCUCUGGAAAGAGUACCUUUUCCAAAACUCACUUUGUCCCAGCUGGCUAUGUCCACGUCAAUCGUGAUACUCUAAAAACCAAAGAAAAAUGUAUUAAAGUUUGUAAAGAAUCAUUGGCUCAAGGUUUAUCUGUCGUCAUUGAUAAUACAAAUCCCGCCAAAACUGAUAGAUUAGAUUAUAUUAAACUUGCAAAACAAUAUGGAGUACCAGUAAGAUGUUUUAGAAUGCAAACACCACUUGAAUUGGCACAACAUUUGAAUUAUUAUAGAGAAAGAACUCAAGGUGUAAAGCAUGUUCCAGGCAUCGGUUAUAAUAUGUUUAAAAAGAACUUUGUGGAGCCACACACCAGUGAAGGUUAUGAAGAAAUCAAAUAUGUCAAUUUUGUCCUCAAGAUCCAACCAGAUCAAGUAAAGGAAUGGAAUAUUCCAAAACCAAAAUAA